AUGAGGCGGGGAGGAGGAAAGAGAGAGAAGCACAUUGAUGGAGCAGAGACAGUGGACCGAGUCGACUCGGGCCAGAGGCGAAACGGGAAGCAGAGAUUCGAGAAGAGAUUAAUGAAGUUCGACUCGCUGCCCGACUAUUUAAAGGACAACGAGUUCAUACUUGACUACUACAGGUGCGAGUGGCCGUUGAAGGACACUAUGCUCAGCGUCUUCGCUUGGCACAACGAGACCCUGAACAUUUGGACGCAUUUGGGGGGAUUUCUGAUGUUCGCGGCUUUGACGGUGUUGAGCUUGCUGGAGAGGACGACGGGCGAGGGCUUGAUCCCAGAUCUUGUCAGACCUGCGUUUCAAGCACCGUUAAUGUUGAUGAUGAAGACCGGGGCCAACGGGUCGGAUUCUUUUUCCAGGGAUUCAGUUGUAAAACCAUCAAUGCUAGAGAUGAACAGCUAUGUUAACCCCGAAGUACUCCCCAAAUGGCCCUGGUUUGUCUUCCUAGGAGGAGCCAUGAGCUGCCUCAUCUGCAGCUCCCUUUCCCACCUCUUCGCGUGCCAUUCGAAGCGGUUCAACUACUUCUUUUGGCGGCUCGACUAUGCCGGCAUCUCCCUCAUGAUUAUCUGCUCCUUCUUUGCCCCCAUCUACUAUGCCUUCUCCUGCAAUCCAAACUCAAGAAUCCUCUACCUCACCGCUAUUUCAUCGCUCGGAACGCUUGUGAUCAUCACCCUCCUGGCUCCAUCCUUGUCCUCCCCGCGCUUUCGGUCCUUCCGGGCGUCCCUCUUCCUCAUCAUGGGUUUCUCAGGGGUGAUUCCGGCACUUCAUGCUGUCCUGCUCUUCUGGGGCCACUCCCAGAUCCAGUUGGCCCUCGGGUACGAAGCCAUGAUGGGGCUUCUGUACGCUGUAGGGGCAGCCUUCUAUAUUAGCAGGGUGCCGGAGAGGUGGCGGCCUGGGGCGUUUGACAUUGCUGGGCACAGCCACCAGAUCUUCCACGUCUUUGUUGUUGCCGGAGCUCUCGCCCAUAGUGCUGCCACCCUGGUGGUUAUGGAAUGGCGGCGGGGCUUGCCGACCUGUGGUGGCAGCGGCCAAGCUUUCCUCGGCUGGUAA